GGCUGGGGGCAGGCCACAGGCUUUUUUUAGGUGUAUUAUAAAUUUACGGUAAAUUUGUAAUACUGGCCGGCCCCAGGCUUGGCUGGUGUUUUACCGGCUAGGCCGGUAAAAUACCGAACGGGUGGCAACCGGUCAAUAAUUAGUUUUUUCAGCCAGCUGCAGGUUGAGCACUGAAAGCAAUCAUCUGAUUGGUUGCUAUGGGUUACUGCCCAGGUGCAAAUGUGCACAGUGUUUAUAAAUGAGCCCCACUGAGAGUUAAGACGUGCUACAGCAGAAAGCACAAACCUGCUGACUUUACUUUUAGAAACAUUCAGCCUUUCGGACCUAUAUGUUCGUAUUCAACUAGUUGACAAUAUCGGAUAAAAGGAGCUCAGCUGACUAAUGUAACAGGGCGGGAGAAAAGGCACGCAUCCCACUGACUGCAAUACAUGCGACGGCGCACAGUUGUGACCUCAUCUUCGCGUUCCGUAGAGGCUAUUGGCGGUAACAGAUCACGUGAACAUUUCAGCUUCCGGAGAACAAAGUCAUGGAAGGCGAUGGUUCGUAUGAGCCCGGAUUUGUCGGGAUUCGAUUUUGCCAGGAAUGCAACAACAUGUUGUACCCUAAAGAAGAUAAAGAAAAUAGGAUUCUCCUUUAUGCGUGCAGAAAUUGUGAUUACCAACAGGAGGCCGAUAACAGCUGCAUAUAUGUCAAUAAGAUCACACAUGAAAUUGAUGAGCUAACCCAGAUCAUUGCUGAUGUAGCUCAGGAGCCUACCCUGCCACGUACAGAGGAUCAUCCCUGUUCUAAAUGUGGACACAAAGAAGCAGUGUUUUUCCAAUCUCAUAGUGCUAAAUCGGAGGAUGCCAUGCGACUGUAUUAUGUUUGUACAGCACCACACUGCGGCCAUCGCUGGACAGAGUGAUUGUUGGAAGCUUAAUUAGCCUUAUGUUUACUUUAUUUCCCAGCAUAUGUUAAUGUCUGAAUUCUGAAAUAAAUAAUGUUUUUAUAUUUUUAA